AGUUGCGAAAUUACACAAGUUCAGAGGGCCUUGCAAACAGCUGAACAUUUGGAAAAUUAUCACCUUGAAAUGCCAUUUGGAUGAAGCCCGUACAAAAACAUGGCAUGCAAACCACAGAAUGAUCUUGGAAUAUUUGGAACCCCCCAGGAGCCCUUCUUCAACCACAAGGAAAGUGGUGUCACACCAGAACUCCUGGGACAAUGGCUUCUUGAUCUUAGUGCCAUUAACUCAGACAGACUCAAGGGCAGCACAAAGGAUUGCUUUAAGAGUUUCAAACAUGUUGAUUUGAUCUACAAGACAUGUGACAGGUUGAAAAUGUCAGCUCAAGUAAAGCUUUUAGCAGUGGAAAUAUUCAACAGAUUCAUGACGAGACACAUUGAGGAGCUGUAUAAUCAUGUCCUAACCUCAGACAGCCAGACCAAGAGGUCGGACUGGGACAAGAUCUUACAGAGGAUCAUCAAGCAGCAGGCUCUGAGGAUUACCUCUUGUUGUCAGAUUGCAAGCAAACUCACAUCACACCACAGGAUAAUAUCAGUCAACAGAGCACGUAGAUUCCUGUGUGAGCUUGGUCAUAACUACACUGCAGGCAGUAUUCUCCAGUCAGAACUACGCAUUCUGAAAACUCUCGAAUUCAAGCUUGCAGUUCUUUCACCUUUGCAGUAUGUAGAGACUCUCCUGGAAAUAAUAGGGCACAAUGACAAAACAACUGAUGUAAAGUUGUAUCAUUCAACUGCCAUCAAACUUCUGUAUCUGUUCAACUUAAAGAGGACAGAAAUCUAUGACAAGCUGUACAAAACUGCUUGCUCUGCAGAGACAACACAGCUACAAAACAGAGUAUGUGAGAUGGUGAGUGACAUGUUGCUGCUGGGGACGGCAGUGAUCACAGCCUCUGCGUUCAUCAUGGACAUGUCAACCACGGACACGAUUUUAGAGAAUCUGUCUCUCAUUACGAAAAUUGUGAAAGAUGAAAUUGUGGACUUUGCCACCGUCAUUGUGGAGGUUGUACAAGAAAACAAAAGCCACACCCCUUAAAGACAUCAAACACUGGAACACAAGUGUGUUUCUUUUCAGAAUUCUCUUAAUUUUCAGUACAAACAUUGAUGCAGGUCAUGUUUACACCAUCACGUUUACAUCAUCCUGUGAUAAUGAAAUUAUUGUGAUAUUUGUGAAAUGACGAAGUUGAAUUUAUUAUUACAAUAUUAUGUAUAUAUAUGUGUGCCUGUAAUAUCAAGGUGUACCUUUUCAACCCAUAGAAUGUCUCUGAGGAUGCCUAAUUGCAAACUAGUUGGUUACUAGUAAGUAUGCAUAUAUUUAUAUGUAAUAAAGCUGAACUGUGAGGUUUA